CUGCACAUCAGCGUGCGCUCUUCUGUCUGAAGAAAAUGGCGGAGGCCCAGACGGAGGUCAUGGUGAUUUUGGGCCAGCCUCGGCUUGGAGACCGCUCACUCCAAACUCCCUUCACUGCUGCGGAUGCUCAGAUGUUCCCUCGUAAUUCCCCUCCUUCGACCUUGACCCAGUCGCUCGUGGGCUGGGGGAAAGGCGACUUCAGUUUGCUCCUCGUUACUAGGAACUAUGGUCUGGUUGUUUGUCAAAUGAAAAUGAUGGGUGUGAGUUAUUUACGCUCCUUUAAACAGCCCGAGGAAAAGUUAGAUGUGUUUAUCAGAAAGGUCGCGAGGCAGGCGAUGCAGCAGAUCCUCCUGAGGGAGAGAAGCGUACGUUCGGUGGUGAAUCAGUAUGCUCCAGGACUAGCCGUUAGAAAAACGCUCGGACUGCCUUUCGUGACGUCACAGGAAUUCGUCGGGGCAGUGAGUGGUGACCUGACCUUGCUGCAGGAAUUAAGUUACUGUCUAGAAACAAAUGCUUCCGCUGCAGACAUCGCCGAAGUCUGUCUUUUUGCUGAUCACUUUUCGUCAUCUGACCAAAAACAAAGCGACGUAACCCGAGAAGCUUUGAUUCGUCUGAAGGAGUGGUGGGUGCGACGAGUGGCUGGAUCUGGACCGGACUCUCUCAUGACCUCCGAACUCUAUGACCUGCUCCUGGCGUGGUUCUGCGGGCAUCUGAUGUCGGUGGAACUGCCCUGCCUUUCUGAGCCUCGUCUAUCGCUCUCAGUGCCGGAGGGAGCCUCAGACGACAGAUGCGCGCACAUCACUCUGUCCCGACAGCAGGUGAACCAGUUGCACGCGGCUCCACCCCGCCUGUUUGUCAGCGGUCCACCCGGCACGGGAAAGACAACCCUGCUGCUGCUAGCAGCCAUGGACUGGCUCGACCGCCGCUGUGACGUCACAGUGGUCAUCACGUGGCGUAAGGCCCGCCCCGCUAGUUACUUGCUGCACACCCUGCUGCAGCAGCACGUGCGUCGCAGGACUCUGGCUGGCAAGGAUGUCGGAACCGUGAAUCUGGAGGAGCUGAAGAUGGAAAAGGACAAGAAUCUAAAACGGUCAUUAAAAAGACUGCGAAAAGCAGUAUCGUCACGUAAGCAGCUCUUUCUCGUGGCAGACGAAGCGGGGCCCGACAGGACGCUGAUCUUUCAGACCCUGUGUCUCAACCUGUGUGCCCACAUACCUGACCUACGCCUGUGGGCGGCAUCCACCGAUUACGGGCACGCACCUCUAGGUUGGCAGAUGGAGUUUUUGAACAUACCCGUCCGUAGUCCUCUCAAGGUGGUUGGAGAGGUUUCUCGAGAUAAAGAGAUUUUAACAGGUAAAGUCCACACCUACGAUAGGAGAGGAAUUCCCCGCCACCAACAGGGGCCCUCACACACCACGGUGUGGCACAUAGGUGAAGGGCACUCGAAGAAGACACCUCACGACUGCGUCCAGUGUGGGCGAGAACUGGCCGCCUGUCUGCAAAGUCUUGGCGUAGGGGUCGUUGAUCACAGCGUUGUUGCCUCGAUGACCAGCUACGACAAAAGCAGUCAUGCAACAUCGAGCGGCCUCAGGUUCAAGGACGUCUUCAUCUUGUUCACGACGACUUUGGUAACAACUGCGGUCUGCUGGCCGGCCUGCGAGAAGAGAAACGUUCCCGUCAGUACAAUCAAUGAAAGUGACGUCAGUGACGUAGAGGACGUAGCACGGGGCACUAGUGACGUAGUGCGUGCCGGUCACUGGGAUGCCGUGCGCGGUCUGGAGAGGCGAGUGGUGGUCUACGUGAGUCGGCUGAACUUUUCUGAAGAAGGCGAACCAUGGUUCAGCAGGCUCCGCGGUUUGUCGAGAUGCACUGAGCAUCUGUUGCGAGUCUACCAGCCAUUCGACUCUACCUGAACUGUGUGCGAAUCAUCUCAUUUCACAGCCGUACCUCCCUACCUGUACUGUGUGCUAAUCAACUCAUAUUACAGUCACUGGGAGAAAGUGACUCGUUUUUACAGUCACCAAGACAAAAGUGAGACGUUUUAGCGACAUUAUUUUACCCGACCCACCUUGUCUCGCAGUAACUUUUUUAUUUUAAAAAAAAUCCAUUCUUUAAAUCUCGUGAGGAAACCUAACCUUUUUACCCUUAAUUAUCAGUAUUGAUGACUUCAAUCUUUCACGAGCUAUUGAAUUCAAGCUAAUAGAAAUAAUUUACUCUCACAUGCAACACCAAGGGAAUAAAGGCGAGCGAGGUUGGAAGGGGAAGCAAUGCAAGAGAUGUAUUGACCUCUCUUUUGCCAGUUACUUCCCCUCGACGUGCCUCAGACCCUCGCACGCAGCCUCCUUCCCCUUCUCCUCCGGGUUUGUGACCCCUUUAACUGCUCUGCUGUGGUUUUCUUUGUGGUCAGAGCGAGUCCUGUUUGUGGCACGCGCGAUGCUCUCUUCUCAGCUGGUAUUUGACGAGUUGCCAUGGAGACCGGCUUUAAAGUGUUGAUCACAUUUGUUUAGUGCUUGAUGCAUGCGUAUAACAUUCUAGUUAUGGAUGGUUGGAUCAGUGCGUUUUCCGACUUUUACUUUCAUCUGUUUUUGUCUUUCGUUCAUGUCUUCUAAAGAACAUAAUCUGAACCCUCGUUCCUCUCUUCUUCAUCGCCCACACAUUGUUUGUUUGUUUUGCUAAGUGAUGGAAUACUGAGGUGUUUUGCUUUAGAUUUUUGUACGUCACUUCGUCUUGGGACGCUAAAGCUUCAUUUUAUUUUGAUUAGAAAUGUAUAUUAAGUGUCUUAAUUUUCCUGGUAGCGUCCUUGGCUACCAUUACGAUCAACUUAUGUUGACUGGGUGGAAUAAGAUAAGGGCACUUAGUAUACUUUCUUAACAUCCGUGAAAUUGUUCAUUUUAUUGUAUUGAGUUUACACUCAAGAAAUCAUCGGUAUUCAUUAUGUUAAUGUCGUUGAAAACGUGAUCAUAACCUCCUCCUC